AAGAAGAAGAAGAAGAAGAAGAAGAAGAAGAAGAAGUAGUAGGACAAAGAAGAAGGAAAAGAAGAUGUCAGUGGCACUAAAGAGAGGAAUAAGCGCCAAAGAGGAGACUCUGAAAUGCGCAGGGCGUUUCUGGAGGCUCUUUCCUCACCUCCUGCUGUGUCUGUCUCUGGUCGCGUACGCGGCGCUCGGUGCGUUGAUGUUCGAGCGCAUCGAGGGAAAGAGCGGCUCCUCUUCCCACCGCGACUCUUACCGAGACUUCCUCGGUGAGAUAGUCAGUACCGUGCAGCACCUCACCGUUUCAGUGAACGCCUCAGACCAAGACAUAGUGAGUGAAGUGGAGAAAAAGAUGUCAGAGUUCAAGUCCAUAUGGUUUCAGAGCCCUGAAAAAUGGAAUUUCUUUGGCUCUAUGUUCUUCUGCUGCACUGUAUUCACAACAGUCGGGUAUGGCGAGAUCUAUCCGGUUACCUUGACUGGUAAGGUGGUGUGUGUCUUGUAUGCCAUGGUGGGCAUCCCUCUCAUGCUGCUGGUCAUCCUUGAUGUUGGAGACUUCCUUGCUAUGAUGAUGUCCAGGGCCUACAUGCGCAUUCACACCCUCAGCAAAACCCUCCUCUCCCACACCUGGUCACCGUGGAAGGCAAGGGACUCGAGCCACCGGUCCCUGGAGGAUGGUACCUUUAUUUACAGCCGUGACUUUGUGAUCCACGAGCCCCUCGACAUCCGGCAAGUACUUCACAGCCAAGCAGAUAUACGGCAAAGAUCUGUCCAACUCCAAAAUAACAAAGAGAUCUUUGAAAAGAUUCUGGCCAGGGAGAAUUUACUUAGAAAUAGUCCACUGCUCAGGACCCUCUCCUGCCCAGAGCUAGACCGGCUGCCGCUACCACUCAAGGGAUUUACCAUGUGGGACUUCACAGGGUUAGGGGAUGGAAUGGAAACGCUGGAUGUACCCUUCGUACUGAUUCUUUUCAUUGUUUUUGCCUACAUUUUUUUUUUUGGUUUGAUUUUGCCGUUGUGGGAAAAAGAAUUCAAGGGCUUUGAUCCCUACUACUUCUGCUUCAUUACACUCACGACCAUCGGUUUUGGCGACAUUGUGCCACACCACCCUAAGUACUUCAUGAUUACCUCACUCUUUAUCAUUGUCGGAAUGGCCAUCAUGUCCAUGGCUUUCAAGCUUAGCCAAACUCGAAUUGUGAGCUGCUACCGCCAAUGCAUCAAGUUCAUCAGCAGGGGAAAUGUGGAGACUUCUAAAUAAUUUACACGAUAACUACGUAACCAAGAGAUUCUCUGUCUCACGUCUUAAGAGUUGCACGGGCUGGUUUUGACACAGUUCCAAAGCAGAGGGCCUUUGGGAACUUUUCCAGUGUGUUAUUUGUGCCGGCUCUUCAGCUAUAAGCAAAAUAUAAACUUUGCAUGUGCCAAACGCUUAUGCCCAAAGAAGGUGGUUGAUAUUCAAAAUGAUUUACAAUAUCUUGCCAUGGAAUGAGUAUUAGUAUUGUGUGGUACUCUAUCAAUUGUUCUGCCUUACUGGACUAUAGAGGGUGGACAAAUAGUCUUACAUUUGAUUGUCAGAACUGCACUUUAUCAGUAAAAUGACUGAAAUGAUGCACUACUUGAAGGUGGAUUUGUUUCUACAGUUAAUAGAACAUGGCUGACUUAAUUCUUUUGGAUGCAUUAGCACGUUAAUACCUUCAAAGACUGGGUGGUGAUAUAUUGACAGAGGCAGAUUAAAGUUACCCUAACCCCUGUGCUUCUACAAAUCUGUAGCUUGUAAAAGCCAUAACUCCGAAGACAGAGUGAUCCAACCCUAUUUCACUCCAAUGUUCAGGUACUGAUUCGUGUCCCAGUCUACAAUACGUUGAGUGCUCCCCUUGGUCAUCAAAGCCCUCAUCAGAGUAUCACUGAGGCACAUCUGUAGCUCCCUUUCUCAUGAUACCUCACGUCAACCCAACCCGCGCUGUGGUAGAGCAUGUGUAAUUAUUUCGUGCGCUGCAUAAUAUUACAAUGAAUGAAGAUGUUGUAUUACCGGAUCCAGCACCUACAGAAACCAUGCCGGAUGACCCCUGAAAUGGCACACACCAUCACAAUGAAGUCAUCAUUAGUGAACAAGCAAUUGCACAGCUUUAGGGUACACUACACAAACUCUCCCCAACACGCGCAAUAAUUAAUGCACAGUGACAUUUAUCGUGUUUUCGCUGGUCAUUUACAGAGUUAGGAGGGUUUGCUGAAUCCUACUUGGCACACUCGUACAAGACCAUCAUCCAAAACUAUUCUGUGUUGGACCUUUUGCACUUUAUUUUGCAUUGUAGAAGUGUUUUCAUUCUGUUGCAGUAUAUAUGCAAUAUAUCAUGUGUAUAUGUAUGUAUAUCUUGGGGCAGCUGUGGCAAUCAGAAGAUCUGCAAUUCGAUCCUGCUCUCCUCCAGUCCUUUUCAAAGUUUCCUUGGUCAAGACACUUAACCCCAAGUUGAAGAAUAACCACAACUUCUGAGUUUGACCACUUACUAGAAAAAUGACAAAGUGGUGGACUAAUGUGCAUAAUGGAAAAGGGUUUAUAAUGGAUAGACGGAUGAUGUGGCUUUUUCUGAUUCAACUGCAUUCUGUAACUUCCUCUCGGAAGAGUUUAAACCCUUGGUUCUAUCUUUCUCUGAUAUAACUCAAAAUGACUAAUCUGAGUCUUAUUAUGUUCCAGACAUUUUAACAUGUGCUGGUAUAACAAGACAUCUCGCCUGGAUGUUUUUGGAUAGUUUCCGACCAUAAUUAAAGACGUUAAAAUCAUGAACAAUCGCAUGUGGUCAUGGUACACAAGCAUAGCACCCAUUUACAGGCUUUAAUCUGAGGAGACGCGUAUGUUUGUAUUUGUUAAUAUGUGUACUGGUACUUCGUUAGCUGUUCAACGUUAGCUAAACACUCCUCCCCGACAAAACUAAAGGUACUUAGCAGUGGCAGAACAGAUUCAACAAGUAUUUAUUGAAUAUAAUAUGUUGUCCAGUGUCUUACUCUUAAGAUGAGUGAAUAUUAGGAUAAACAAUAAGUAAAUGUCGAAAUAUAAAAUGUAGUAUAUCUAAAUGAUGAAAUGUAUCCAUAUAGUGACCACUUGUAUUCCUUUAAUACUUUUGGAGAUAUAUAAAUAAAAUAAUAUUAUACAAUUUCCACUUUAUUAGCCCCCUUGGGGUUUAAGAUUUUUAAAAAUGUUCAAUUUUUUACGAUUUUGUACAGAUUUUUCAACUCACAUUUCCAAACUCUACAGUCAUUCUCUAUGUAAUUUUAUUUUAUAUAUUUAUGGUAAGACUGACUCCAUACAAAGUAACGUCAUGUUGAUUUAAAGCAAUUUCUUUCUAUUUUUGUUCAGCCUGCUUUCCUUUUAUAAUAAUGCCUGUAUUAUCUAAAAACUGUAAUGCACAUCUUAUUUACAUCAGAAUAUGUACGCUGUAGUGAAGUCACAUGAAAGUAUAAAUAGUCAUAUCACGAUGAACAAUAAAGAAAAACAAAAAUGGAAAUUGAAUCUUAGGGCGGUUCAUUCUCAGAAGGAUUAUAUUACGUGAUUAUUACAUUACAUUACAUUACAUGUCAUUUAGCAGACGCUUUUAUCCAAAGCGACUUACAAUAAGUGCAUUUCAACCUAGAGUACAAACUAAGAACAACAAGAAUACAGGAAGUAACAUUUCCUCAACAUAGUCGAACUACAAAAGUACCAUAAGUAAGUGCUUAUGAACCUCAUCAAGUAAGUGCUUAUGAACCUCAUCAACCUAUGCUUUUUGAACCUCACCUGUGUUUAUAAAUUGACAUUCCCACUGGUUUUGAAUACGCUGAUGAUAACCUUGAGAUGAAACAUUUGUUUUUGGCCCAUAAUAAAUAAGAAGACCAUUUAUUAACACUUUAUAAUAACCGCACGCUAUGAAGCAUUAUUAGUUAAGUAUGAAUAGACACUUCAUUCAUCAUUUACAAAGCAUCGUUCCACACUUUAAAAAUGGUAGAUUCACCAUUUGUGAAUGAAUAUUAUAUAAUGCACUUUAUAAUAACCGCACGGUAUGAAGCAUUAUAUAAUACUUCAUUUACAAAUAGUGAAUCUACCAUUUAUAAAGUGAGGAACAAUGCUUUAUAAAUGAUGAAUUAAGUGCUUACUCAUACUAAACUAAUGCUUCAUAACGUGCAGUUAUUAGAAAGAAUUACAUUUCUUUGUGAGUACCAGGUUUUUAUUCCUUUUGAUUCUCGAUUCUUGAUUUAGGAUUUGAAGUUGUACUGUAAAAUCCUAAAGUAUUAGCCAAAAGUUAAACAUAUAAUAUGAAAAAUAAGUAUUAAUUAUUAUUAAAUAAAGGGCCGGUACCGUAUAAUUGUGCCUGGUACAGUACUUAAUGUACAAUAUCAAUACAAUAAGUCUAUUAGUCAUAAUUAUUGUGUUAUAAUCAUCCUUAACCCUGCACCACAGCAGUUGUAGUAGUGUUCCAGAGCACCAGAUGGUGGUGCUGUACAACAAUGAGGAGGUUAUCACUUCCCACUGUUGCAGGAAGAUGUAUUCCCAAGAUGUCUCUUUUCUUUCCUUCAACCUCUCUCAAAGCUCUCAGGGUGAAGGAAACACUAUCAUAGAAACUCAUCAAAUCAAGCACUUGUAAUUAACAUGUAUUUAGAUCCAAAUUACAUUUAUGAAACCGGAAACAUGAAGCUGAAACUAUUUGAGAUAUUCCUGAAAAUAAUGCUGUGUUUUGUUACUUAUUUUCUGUGUGAUUAGUUUUAAGUCAGUUUAUUUUCUAUUUUCUAGGCACUAAGAGGCCAAUAUGUCUCUUUCAAAGUGCUUUAAAAGUGCUUUCAGCCACGAAAAUGCCAAUUUCAUGUUUCCUUUUAACCUAUAUUCACGACCAAAAUGUAAAGAGUGGAGGAAAAUAUCCCGAAAACAAGUUAUAAAAGAUACAGAGAUCAUCUCUCAAUCUAUACCCAAACCCCCUGGUGUCCCUUAAAUCUAUCCAAUCGUGUGCCUAAAUGUCCUUUAUUUCAAAAGCUUCAGGGGGAAGUGCGCUCCGACACCUUAAAGCCGCUCGAAUCGAUAUCAGUGCAACGACUAUGUAAUGUAUUGUAGUGAUGAACCCAAAUAUGAUCUAUUUUAACUUUAAUUUUUAAAGCUAACAACCUUUAUAAUACGCAUUUUAAAGCAGAAGCAUGAAGGCAAUAUGUGUCAGAAAGUGAAUUAGACCAAAUAUGAAGGGGGAAAAUGACAGAAAUGUGUAAAUAAAUGUGUGAAGAAAUAGUAAAAACAUGUGUUUACCUUUGGCUGAGGAUAAAAACAUAAUAUGACAAAGUGCAAUGAAGCAGGUUAAGUUAAUAGAUUAAAUCCUAACCUGCAUAAAUAUGAUGAACUAAAACCACCCUGAGGCUUCUGUUCCACUGAGAAUACAAACACAUUAGAUUUGUGUGCAGCGACGAGGAGACUGUAAUCUUCCUCAUCAGGCACGUGCACAGACAUUUUGGGGGGCAGGUGCUCAAACCCAAAAAAAAGGGCACCCAUUGGCAAAAUGAUUUUUCUAUUGAUCACUGUAACUUGAAGUGAGCAAGUAAUCGGUUGUUACGAAACACCUGAAACACAUCGUGUCGUGAGAAGACAUGAGAGCUGAAGACAUGAGCGCCGCGGAGCAUGGCGAGGCGAAAUUCUCACAAGAACUCAAAUAAAUGCUCCGACAGAUAUCCAAACACAUUUGGGGGGAAUUGAUGACAGAGAGAGUAAGUGUUAUUCUUAAAGACUGAUUAAUGAAGAAAAAAUGUGUCUACGUCCCUGGAAAAUCAAUCUUGAGCCGGAGAUGUGCCAGUUCUCGAUUUACAAUAUCCUAUUUCUGAUGUUCAGUUGUGUCUAUUCCCCAAGUCAUGUGGUAUAAUAGGUUGGCCGAACUCAAAGAAGAAGAACAACUCAUGUUGUCAUUUAAUUUCUGGAUCUAUUGUACUUGUGUGAUACUGGGUAUUGACUUUGUGCAGGUGUGUCUACAUACAGAUGUUCCAGAUGUUUGUGUGUGUGUGUGUGCGUGUAUUCUGGCUCGGCGAAAUGAGGUGACCUCUUUGUAUGUAUUGUUUAUGUAUUGAAUGUCCUGUACUCUAGUGUAUACAGUUGGAGGGGUGGGGGAGUGGGUUUGUUAUCUGAUAUUUCAACAAAAAGAUGAUAAACAAUGGAAAUAUCA